AAAGUACUUUCGAUACAGCAUUCCAAGGAGCGCACAUCAGUGCAACGACCAUGUCGUCUGCACAGCGAGCAUUCGCUUCAAAGUUGACCAAGCACAAUUCUUCAGAUAUCCGUAAGAACGUUGCGAACUACCAACUGUUAUCGAAAAGUGAUAGUAGCUCAGUAUGCUCUUCUUCGAUAUCGUUGUGUGAUCUGGUUGAACCGAUCGAUUAUGAGGAGUUUUUGGCUCAACAUAGCAACCUCCUGCAGAAAGAUCAACUUAGAUCGAUUCUGGACUUCCCUUCUGGAGAUGUACAAGUGAGAAUUGUGCCACGAAAAAUUCGCACCAUAGAACAUGUUAUCCCGAAGGAACCACUGGAGGAGUUGCCCCUUUAUGUGCAGCACUGUGUCGAUUGCUUCACAAGACCAUGGAAGGUGGUAGAAUUCUCAGCACGACACCACUCCAGCUCGUGUAGCAGUCGCGAACGCAAAGAAAAAGGUGCACUAAGUCCCACGUCGUACCAACAGGAGUUUGAAAUAGAUCGAGACUUUAGCAAUCUGGUAUCAUUGGACGAAUCGGUCACUUCUACUACGCUGUACGCGAGUGAAAGCUGUACUCCGAGCAGUCGCCAGUCCAUUGCAAGCCUCUCGUCGGUGUCGACUUGUACCGACACACUUACCCCACGCGGAUCGUGGGCAUCGUUUGAUUUGAGAAGCUCGGUGAAUGACCCCCUCAUUACGGGUGUUUUGGAGCGUGUACCACCAGAAAGUGUUGAUCAAAGCAAUGAAAGCAAACGGCAGGAAGAACGUCAGCAGGCGCUAUUUGAUCUGUACGCGGAUGGAGAGAUGGAGGAAAGCAUUGAAAAGCGAAUACCCGCGGAAAUGCCGAUGGAACAUUUGGGUAAUCGAAUCCACGUGAAAUGUCUUCAUCUGAAGUUGGAGCUGGAAGUAGAGCCUAUCUUUGCUUCGAUGGCUAUAUACGAUGCAAAGGAGAAGAAAAAACUGUCGGAAAACUUCUACUUCGAUAUGAACCCGGAAUCGUUGCGGCGGAUGUUGGUGAAUCAUGUGCCGUUCGCUGACAUUAGCACACAGGCCCGCGAGGCAAUAUUCGACAUCACAAAUCCAAGCAAUGAGCUGUAUCUCGUGAUAAGACUAGAAAAAGUACUUCAAGGUGAUAUCAAAGAUUCGGUGGAACCCUACUUGAAGGAGGACAAAGAUAAGUACAAGGAUAAAGCAAAAUCCAAUGCAGCGGAUUACUGCGAACGGCUCGGAAAGUAUCGAAUGCCCUUCGCUUGGACAGGUAUAUAUUUAACAAGCAUCUUUAACGGGGACAGCAUGGAGAAGGACGAUCGCGAAAGCAUUGGUUCGGCAUCGAGCUCCAACAGCUUGGAUCGCAAAUCGUCAACCAGCAGCUUUGAUCAGUUCCGUAAGAGGGCCAGCGAUAUGGGCACACUUACGAGGCGCGGUUCAUUAGAGCGAAAGAUGGAAAAACGUCGCUCCUGGUCGCCGGAUGAUUUUGCCAACAGCAUCGAAACUUUUCGUCCAAUCACGAUCACCGUAGCAAGCUUUUUCAAACAGGAAUCGGAUAAAAUGAAGGACGAGGAGUUGUACAAGUUUUUGCCGGAAUUGAAACGCCCGGCAGCACUUAUGAAGAAACACAAAUGCAUACCCGGUUCGAUUAAGGUUGAGAUAGCUCCAGCUCCUGAGGAGCAGAAAUAUGCGUUGACGCCAGAGUUGGCCAAGAUCGAACCAUAUCCCGAUGAUCAUUCACGUCCGGUGAAGGAAAUUUUGGAAUUCCCAUCCACACCGAUACUGAAUCCACAUUAUGCUUAUCGAAAUUUGUUGUUUGUUUCGCCGAAGGAGCUUAACUUUUCAACACGUGCUGGAUCGGCUCGUAAUAUAGCCGUGCGUGUACAGUUGAUGGGCGGCGAGAAGCAAUCCGAUGCUCUUCCCGCUAUAUUUGGUAAAAGUUCGUGCUCGGAAUACAGCACGGAGGCGUACAGUGCUGUCAAUUACCACAACAAACAACCAACGUUCUAUGAUGAGAUAAAAAUUGAAUUACCGGCCAAUCUGAAACAGAACCAUCACAUCCUAUUUACGCUGUUCCACGUGUCCUGCCAAAAGAAACCUCAGGAAGUGCAAACCACGGUCGAAACGCCAGUCGGAUACACCUGGCUACCAGUACUAAAGGAUGGCGGCCAUCUAAACGUAGGUGAAUUUAACCUGCCUGUAAUGGUUGAGGAACCACCGAACAACUACUCGUUCAUUCCGCCGGACGUGCAACUGCCCGGUACCAAAUGGUUGGACAACCACCGACAAGUGUUUUCCGUUACGAUCGAUGCCGUUACCUCGGUGCACGCGUUGGAUGACUAUCUGGACAAAUUUAUUUACCUUUGCGAGUGUCUCGAUAUGCGAAAAGUACCACCGCGCAUCGGCGAGGGAAAUAUGGAGAAGGAGUUUAAGAAAACGCUGCAGGAGUUACAAAGCGCCGAUCAAGAACAGUUGGUAAAAAAUUUACAAGUAAUACUGGAUAAGCUGAUUGAGCUGCUGGUGACGAGCUACAAAAUUGGUGGUGAAGCAUUGUCUCUCGGUCAAACAGUGUUUGAAACUAUCUGUCAGAUUUCGGACAAAAUUUUUUUCCUUCAGCCAGAGGAACGGUACGGCCGACAAAACAUUCUUAGCACGUACAUCCAGUAUCAAUGUAAAAUCCCACAUCCGAUGGACCCGAAGUGUAAACUAGCUUCGCUACACAUGCCCAUUCGGCGUCCUGCGUCGGCCGAAGAAAUGAAUCGUAGCACAAGUAAUUCUGACCUGAUGGCCCUCACCGAUCUAAAUGCAAGCCGUACCGUUGAUCGUGCGCUGAGUAUGCGAUCGGAUGGUUGUUCCCCCGGGUCGGGUGUAAAGGAUGGACUGGUACGGCUUUUGCACGAAGAAAUCGCAUUAAACUGGGUAGUGGCCAGUGGAUCUGCGGCUGAACUGUCGAUGACCAAUUCGUGGAUGCUGUUCGAACUGAUCGUAAAAAGCAUGGUCGAGCAUUUGGAACUAACGAAUGCGCUGAGCUCUCCUCGCAAAAGCCGAUUCCCGCACCAAUACACAGACGACAUAGCAACGCUGGUACACCUGGUCACGACCAAGGUGGUGGGUUACAAUAGCAGCGACCCGAAGCUCGCACAAUCGAUCAAUUCCAGUUUGGCAUUUUUCAUCUUCGAUCUGUUAAGUAUCAUGGAUCGUGGCUUCGUAUACGGGCUGAUUAAAACGUACUAUAAAGUGAUCAUGACUAAGAGCUCAUCCACUCCGGACAUGAUACACUACAAGCUAGACUUUUUGCGAAUCGUGUGUAGCCACGAGCACUUUGUGGCUUUGAAUCUUCCCUUCGGCACACCGUACACCGUUCUUUCGGCACCGUGUAGUCCAACACCGAGCGUUACAUCGAACAACAGUCAAAAUUCGUACAUCAGCGCUAUGACCGGUAAUGAUCGUGCGCUGUACGCCGAUUUGAGCGUAGAGUUUCGACAGCAGCAUUUUCUGGUCGGGUUGGUCCUGCAGGAACUCUCCAACGUGCUGGACAUUUCGAACGCACAGCUUCACGGGAAAGCUAUACGUUGUUUGAGAAAUCUGCUCACUUCACACGAUCUAGAUCCACGGUACAGCGAAGUGGACGCAAGGGCCCGUGUUGCCGCUCUCUAUCUUCCGCUGCUUGGCAUUGUAAUGGACGUAAUACCGCAGCUACACACUCCCGUGUCCCAAUCACAUGAUCGUUUGAAUACAAUCGGACAGUUGGACGAUUACCAAGGGCCGGCGGCAUCUGUUCCAGCGGCAAGCACUAUCAGUCCGGAGGUGGCAUUUGCCAUUUCGGGAAUCCGUCGCUACAGUUACGUUUCGGAAACACCCAAACCCAAAACUGUACUCACGAAUGAUACCCGCAACUUGCUGGCCUGCUUUUUGUGGGUGUUGAAAAAUCUGGAACCAACCACCCUGGUCAAGUACACGAUGGGUUUAAGCCCACAUCGUGUUCAUCAAAUGCUGCAGGUGCUUAAUAUCUGCAUUCCGAACUUUGAAUAUCGUGGUAAGAAACAGCCGACCAACACCUCAAAACGCAAUACUUCGAGCUUCCGCAAAACGCCAGACAUGCGCGAGAAGCUGGAAGAAUUUAUUCGUGGCACCGGAUCGGCCAGGAACGAUCUGAUCAACCGUCGCAAGGAUGGGCGCAAUUCAACGGAAAAGCUUCGCUGGAAGAAGGAUCAAAUAAGAACCCAGUUUUACGACAGCAAUAUUAAGAACGAGGCAGAACUAGAGAUGAGCAACUUUAUCGAGGGAUCUCUUGCUACGGAAGUGUGUUUAAUCAUUUUGGAUACUUUGGAAAUGAUCGUACAGGUAGCAUCGUCUUCUGAAAUGCAUCAUAAUCUGCUCGGGACGGUGCUAAAGGUGUUGCUGCACGCGCUAUCUCGCAAUCAGAGUACAUUGGCUUUGCAAAACCUCUUUGCUUCCCAACGUUCGCUGGUGUUCAAGUACCACAAUUUGCUGUUUGACGAAGAAACAGAUAACUGUGCUGAUCUUUGUUUGCUGCUGCUGAAACACUGUGGUUCUCAACUGCCUACGGUGCGAUCGCAAGCGGCGGCUUCGUUGUAUUUGCUUAUGAGGCAGAAUUUUGAAAUUGGAAAUAACUUUGCCCGUGUAAAAAUGCAAGUUACGAUGUCACUUAGUUCGUUGGUGGGCACCAGCUCUUCGUUUAGCGAGCAGUCUUUACGGCGUGCAUUAAAAACGAUACUUGUCUACGCGGAAUCGGACACAGACUUGCAGGAGACAUCCUUUCCCGAGCAGGUGCAGGAUUUGCUAUUCAACUUGCACAUGAUUCUUUCCGAUACGGUCAAAAUGAAGGAAUACCAAGAGGAUCCGGAAAUGUUGCUGGAUCUCAUGAACCGUAUUGCGAAGGGAUACCAAAACUCGCCCGAUCUUCGUCUAACUUGGUUGGAAAACAUGGCCAAAAAGCAUACAGAACGUGCGAACCACACGGAAGCGGCUAUGUGUUACGUCCACAGUGCAGCACUCGUGGCCGAGUAUCUCAGCAUGCUAGAAUCUCAAACGCACCUACCGGUUGGUGCUGUUUCGUUCAAGCAUAUUUCUCCGAACGCUCUGAUGGAAUCUGCCGUUUCGGACGACGUGGUAAGCCCCGGGGAAGAUGGCAUAUGUCUUGGUAACAGCUUCACGGAGGGUGGUCUGAAGCAGUUGCUCGAUCAUGCGGCCAGCGCUUUCCAGGUAGCUGGUAUGUACGAGGCAAUGAACGAUGUGUACAAGGUGCUGAUACCAAUCUGUGAAGCGAAUCGCGAUUUUCGUAAAUUGGCCCAAAUUCAUGGGAAACUAUUGGAGGCUUUCAAUCGAAUCGCUCAGCUACAGGGCAAGCGUGUGUUCGGAACGUACUUCCGCGUUGGGUUCUAUGGUGCCAAGUUUGGUGAUCUGGAUCAGCAAGAGUUCAUCUACAAAGAACCUACGCUUACGAAGCUGCCAGAAAUAUUUAGCAGACUGCAAAACUUUUACGCCGAUAGAUUUGGCCCGGACGUGGUACAAAUCAUAAAGGAUUCGAAUGCGGUAGAGGUUGCAAGCCUGGACCCGGAAAAAGCCUACAUACAGAUUACGUACGUAGAGCCAUACUUUGAAACAUACGAGCUUCGCUACAAGGAAACCUAUUUUGAACGCAACUUUAAUAUCAAACGUUUUAUAUAUGCUACGCCGUUUACUAAAUCGGGAAAAGCGCACGGCGAUCUGCACGAACAGUGUAAGCGCAAAACUAUUCUAACCACCGCAAAUCACUUCCCGUAUGUUAAAACACGCAUACAAGUAGUACACCGGCAUCAAAUCGUGCUGGAACCAAUUGAGGUGGCAAUUGAAGAUAUACAGAAAAAGACUGCAGAGUUGGCUGCCGCCACUACCCAGGAGCCGGCCGAUCCCAAAAUUUUACAGAUGGUACUUCAGGGCUGCAUCGGUACUACCGUCAAUCAGGGUCCAAUGGAAAUGGCUCUUGUGUUUUUAUCAAACAUCGCUAACGGCAACACGAUACCCACAAAGCAUCAAAAUAAGUUGCGACUUUGUUUCAAGGAUUUCUCUAAAAAAUGCGCUGAUGCGUUGAAAAAGAAUCGUAAUCUCAUACUGUCAGAUCAAAAGGACUACCAAAAGGAGCUGGAACGAAACUAUCAGGUAUUUACCGAGCGACUUGCUCCAUUGAUUACUAUAAGUCCGUCUCAGGCCCAGGGCUUGGUAGCAAUGAAAAGCGACCUUCAUAAUAAUAAUCGUUUGACUUGCUCCCUACGAUUUUAAGCGA